AACAACUAUAAAAGAUCGUCUCAUAGAAUUGCCAUACCACAGUUCUCAGGUUUGUUCCCAGACGUCAAAAAUGAAGGCUGUUAUAGUACUUGUUUGCUUUGUAGCACUGGCAACCGCUCAGUUCCAACCGCCAACCUUGCAACAAUUCUGUCCCCCCGAUGAUGUACAGUGUCACGUUAGUCCACCUAUCGUACAACAACUCUGUCAUCCCAAUGAUGUACAGUGUCACAUUAGCCCACCAGCAUUACUAAGAUCCUUGCCAAUUAAUACCGCGAAUGUUGGUAAUUUGAUCGCGUCAAUCGUACAACAAAUUGUGGACUAUGUUUUCCCUGAUGGCGCAUCACUGCGAAGCGCUGAACCAACCGUCGAAGGCAUUGGAAAACUAGUGGCUUGGAUCGUGAAUAAGGUGAUUGAAUUGCUCUCCCAAGAAGAAUCACUGCGCCGAAUGCAAAACGACAAAAACCGAACCGAAGCAGACCGAAAGAAAAAAGAGAAAAUGAAAAAUUUGGUGAGGCCAUUUUUACCAUUGUACCCAUUUUUACCCGUGCCUCCACCAAUUGUAUAAAACGUAUGUUAUUGGAUUAGUUCAAUCGAUUCAAUCUUCAAAUAAAUUGUUCCAUUAUGGGAGGUUUUGUUAGCGA